UGAAAAUGUCAAAUACUCAUUUCCCAGGCUCAUCAUCAAAUUCAAAGCCAAAUAGAGGGAAAUUGAUCAGAUCUCCUUAUGUAACUUCCCAGAAAUUCUUCUUAUUAAACGCUUUUUCAAAGCAGAAAGAGAGACCAGAACCUUUGAGGAAAACCUUCGGUAUAAAUGGCAUUGCAAGAUGGAAUGAAAGUAUAGACAAUGAGGUCAGAAGGAAUUCACAAAACCUAGCUGACUGAAUAGGAAUCAGGAAAAAGAUUAUUUAUUCCGAGACUAGAAAAUAAGAGAAUGGUUUCAAGAGAUAUAAUCAAGAAAUCGACUACAAAGACUAGCUUUACUAACAAAAUUCCCAAACCCAAGCCAAAACUCCAGAACAAAAAUAGUCCUGAGGACAAAUCUAAAGAAAUUAACUCAGUUAAGUCUCUUAAUGGAACAACUAAGAAAUGAUUCUCUGCCACUAAAGAUGGCUUAACAACUGGCCAAGCUAUAAAAGAGAUUAUCAAACCUGCUUUUAAUCAAGAGAAAGUUGAGAAUGGAUCUAAACCAACCGAUAACUUUAGAGACCCUCUCUCAAUUUCAAAAAGAAGAUGAAAUAGUACAACUGAAAGUUCAUGCAAAGUUGGUCUCUAUCAAGCUAGAAUAACCUCAAGACUUAACAAAAUUUCAGUGAAGCCAAAGAAGAAAGACAAGGUCAUAAUCAACCUUAAAUACACUCAAUAUGAUAUCCUUGCAAAGGUGGCUGAAGAACUUGGUUAUAAAGUAACUAGAACUGACAAAACGGAAUAUGAUAUAAUUUGGUUUGACCUUCCUCCAGUUGCCAAUAUUUUAGCAAAGCUAAAGAACUUUCAGAGAAUCAAUCAUUUCCCUGGAAUGAGCCAGGUUUCGAACAAAGCCUACCUCGCAAGGAAUCUUAAUAGAAUGGCAAAAAUCCAUCCGAAUGGAUAUUCGUUUUUCCCACAGACUUGGGUGCUUCCGUCAGAAUUUCAUGAUCUAAAGAACUUUACUAAAAAUGGGAAAUAUACAUUCAUUGUGAAGCCAGAGAUGAUGUCUCAAGGAAAGGGACUCUAUCUGAUAAAGAACAUAGAAUCUAUCAAUAAGAUAAACCCUUGAAUAGUGCAGAGAUAUGUAGAGAAUCCACUUCUAAUUGAUAACUUAAAGUUUGAUCUCAGAAUCUAUGUCCUAGUACUAGGAAUAGACCCUUUAAGAAUUUACAUGUACAAAGAUGGAAUGGCAAGAUUUAGCACUGAGGAAUACGAAGUGCCGAAGAAGGGAAACAUGAACAAUGUAUAUAUGCAUCUCACAAAUUACUCGAUAAAUAAAAAUAACACAGGCUUCUGUAACGAAAACCAAUUUGAUGUUGAAGGGAAGGCCCAUAAGAGAAGUCUGCAGUCUAUCUGGGAACUUCUCUCAGAUGAGAUUGGACAGAGAUAUACAGAAUGACUUAUUAAAAGAAUCAAAAGUAUUAUUGUAAAAACUAUGAUUACUGUUAGAAAUCAUGUUAAUCAUGCAUACAAAUCAUCACAGCCUGAUGAUCUUGAAAAUUCUCUUUGUUUUGAGAUUUUAGGAUUUGAUGUUAUGGUAGAUGACAAUCUUGAGCCUUAUCUUCUUGAAGUAAACCAUGCUCCUUCCUUUGCAACAGAUUCUCCGCUCGAUUAUCAAGUUAAGCAUGAUUUAAUUACAGACACAUUCAAGUUAUUAAACUUGUCAGUUAAAAGAAAAUUUGAAUACAAAUCUGAAGAACUGAGGUCGACUCAACACAGAAUAUUUACUGGUAAAUAAAACUAAGUACACUCCUGAAGAGAGAAAGCAGAUUAAAGAUGAAUACGACCUUCAGAGGCAUGAAUUUGAAUUUAAUAACUGAGGAAAUUACGAACUUAUAUUCUCUCAACAAAUGAACAAAUACUCAAAAUACAUAAAAGACGCUGACUUCGUAUCCGACCAAUUCGCCACAGGCAAUAAGUACCAAAAGAAGAUGGAAGAACUAGCCGAAGGUUCAAAAGAGGCCAAAAAAGCUCCUAAAUAUCGAAACCUUCUUUCAUAA